CAACCCACUCACUCUUCACCUCUCUCUCUCGCCCGGUUCCUGGAUUGCCUUUUUUUCCUCACGGACUGCUUCAACCACACUUGUCCCGCUUAGCAUUGUGCACAAGUCCAGUCAUUAUUCCCAAUCCAGCUGCAGUCAUACAUACACCACCGCUUCACCAUGGAGGGUAUUAAGCAGACUUUCCAGCGCUGCAAGGCCCAGAACAGGGCUGCGCUCGUCACCUAUGUCACGGCCGGUUUCCCUCACCCCGAGCAGACCCCCGAUAUUCUCCUGGCCAUGGAGAAGGGCGGCGCCGACGUGAUCGAGCUCGGUGUCCCCUUUACCGACCCCAUUGCCGAUGGCCCGACCAUCCAGACUGCCAACACUAUUGCUCUCCAGCAUGGCGUUACCCUCCAGUCGACCCUGCAGAUGGUGCGCGACGCCCGCCAGCGCGGCCUCAAGGCCCCCGUCAUGCUCAUGGGCUACUACAACCCUCUGCUCAGCUACGGCGAGGAGCGUCUCCUCAACGACUGCAAGGAGGCCGGCGUCAACGGCUUCAUCAUUGUUGACUUGCCCCCUGAGGAGGCCGUCUCCUUCCGCCAGCUCUGCACCCGCGGCGGUCUCUCCUACGUCCCCUUGAUCGCGCCCGCCACCUCGGACGCCCGUAUGCGCGUCCUCUGCCAGCUCGCCGACUCCUUCAUCUACGUUGUCUCCCGCCAGGGUGUCACCGGCGCUUCCGGCACUCUCAACGCCAACCUUCCCGAGCUCCUCGCCCGCGUCAAGAAGUACAGCGGCAACAAGCCCGCUGCCGUUGGUUUCGGUGUCAGCACCCACGACCACUUCACUUCGGUUGGCGCCAUUGCCGACGGUGUCGUUGUUGGUAGCAUGAUCAUCACCACUCUCCAGAAGGCCGCCAAGGGUGAGGAGGUCAAGGCUGUCCAGGAGUACUGCUCCUACCUGUGCGGACGCAACUUGGAGCAGUCCGCUCACGAGCUCAACAUGGGCGAGGCCCUCGAAGCUGCCAAGGAACCCGUGGGUACUGCCACCGUCGACGGCGUCAUCACCGAGGCCGACAUUGACGCUCAGCUCGCCGCUCUCCACGGCACCAUUCCCAAGCGUUUCGGCGAGUUCGGUGGUCAGUACGUCCCUGAGGCGCUCAUGGACUGCUUGUCCGAGCUCGAGGAGGGUUUCAACAAGAUCAAGGACGAUCCCGCUUUCUGGGAAGAGUACCGCUCUUACUACCCCUGGAUGGGUCGUCCCGGUCAGCUUCACAAGGCCGAGCGUCUCACCGAGUACGCUGGUGGCGCCAACAUCUGGCUGAAGCGUGAAGAUCUCAACCACACUGGUUCCCACAAGAUCAACAACGCUCUUGGCCAGCUGCUGCUCGCCCGCAGACUCGGCAAGAAGAAGAUUAUUGCCGAGACCGGUGCCGGUCAGCACGGUGUCGCCACUGCCACCGUGUGCGCCAAGUUCGGCAUGGAGUGCACCGUCUUCAUGGGUGCCGAGGAUGUCCGUCGCCAGGCUCUCAACGUCUUCCGCAUGAAGCUUCUCGGCGCCAAGGUCGUCGCCGUUGAGGCCGGCAGCCGCACCCUCCGUGACGCCGUCAACGAGGCUCUUCGCUACUGGGUCGUCAACCUUGCCGAUACCCACUACAUCAUCGGCUCUGCCAUCGGCCCUCACCCCUUCCCCACCAUUGUGCGUACCUUCCAGUCCGUCAUCGGUAACGAGACCAAGCAGCAGAUGCUGGAGAAGCGCGGCAAGCUCCCCGAUGCUGUCGUCGCCUGCGUUGGUGGUGGUAGCAACGCCGUCGGCAUGUUCUACCCCUUCUCCAACGACCCCAGCGUCAAGCUCCUCGGCGUUGAGGCCGGCGGUGACGGUGUCGACACUCCCCGCCACAGUGCGACCCUUACCGCCGGUAGCAAGGGUGUCCUGCACGGUGUCCGUACCUACAUUCUGCAGAACCAGUACGGCCAGAUCGAGGACACCCACUCCAUCUCUGCCGGUCUUGAUUACCCCGGUGUCGGCCCGGAGCUGUCCAACUGGAAGGAUACCGAGCGCGCCAAGUUCGUGGCUGCCACGGAUGCCCAGGCCUUUGAGGGUUUCCGUCUGAUGAGCCAGCUGGAGGGUAUCAUUCCCGCGCUGGAGUCUUCUCACGGUAUCUGGGGCGCUCUGGAGCUGGCCAAGACCAUGAAGCCGGAUGAGGAUGUUGUCAUUUGCUUGUCCGGCCGUGGUGACAAGGAUGUUCAGAGCGUUGCUGAUGAGCUUCCUAUUAUUGGCCCCAAGAUUGGCUGGGACUUGCGCUUCUAAGUGCUAGUCAUGUCUUGGAAAAUAGAUCAAGCACCACAAGUCUGAGCAUUUGAUGCUAUAUAGCUUCGAUUCUUUACACCAUCUGAACCAUAUGCUGUUCACCGGGUAAGACCGGUCGAAUGGAUUCAAUAGAUUCCCUGUUAAGGUGCCUGACUGUUCCAUUCGUUGCCUGUGAUGCCGAUGUAUUAGUAAUGCCCCCCCAGUAACACAAAUUAAUCGCACCGACUGCUAUCGACCAAAUACUAUUCAUUCCCUUUCAAAG